AGAUACCGCUAGUUGUGAAAACUGAGUGUACCAAGUUUUGAAUUUGAAGGUGAGAAAAGUCGGAAGAAAUGACGAAGCAGCAGACGACACACUGGUGGUUGUACGACAGUCACAGCAUCUCCAAACGCUCCCCAUGGCUUCAAACCACUCUCUCUGAGCUAGAGCACAAGACGGAUGCCAUGCUAAAGCUGAUUCAGGAAGAUGCAGAUUCAUUUGCUCAGCGUGCAGAGAUGUAUUACAAGAAGCGGCCGCAGCUGAUCAGCAUGGUGGAAGAAUUUUACCGCAUUCACCGUUCGUUGGCUGAGCGGUAUGAUCAAGUGAAGUCUGAUUCGGGAACACGCCUGCUGACAACGUUAGGGUCUCCAUUCUCUUCAACGAAAUGCCAGUCUGAGAAGGCGAUGAGUGUGGUGGAUUUGAGCUUCGAUAGCCACUCCGAAACCUGCUGCGAUGAACCUGAGGAGGAGUAUUCCGAGUCUGAAGUUGAUGAUCCUGAACCGGUGGAUGAACCCCGAGUUGAUGAAGAAACAAAAGAGAAUGCAUUGUGCAGGAUUAGCGAAGACGAGGUGGGGAAAUUGAAGAAAGCGAUAGCGAGGCUCGAGGAAGAGAACAGAACUCAGAAAGAUGAACUGAAGCAGAAAGAUGAAGAAAAGAGAGAGGCCAUAAGACAGUUGAGUUCAGCUGUGGAUUCGCUCAAAGAGUAUUCCGAGUCUGAAGUUGAUGAACCCGAACCAGAGGAUGAACCCCGAGUUGAUGAAGAAACAAAAGAGAACGCAUUGAGCAGGGUUAGCGAAGGCGAGGUGAGCAAAUUGAGGGAAGCAAUAGCGAGGCUCGAGGAAGAGAACAGAACUCAGAAGGACGAACUGAAGCAGAAAGAUGAAGAGAAGAGAGAAGUCAUAAGACAGCUGAGUUUGGCUGUGGAUUUGCUCAAAGAGGAGAAUGUGGAGCUGAGAAAGAAGUGUUUCGCCAGAGAAUCGCCAAAGAAUUCGAGUACUGCCGGAGAAUCAUCGAAUAAUUCGAGUCCCUUCGAGUUCAACAGGUUCACCGGGACAUUUUUGAGGAAGCUGUUUAACAGGUCUCCAAGGUCUCAUGGUACAAUUGUUGCACUCUAGAUGUUGUGUGUUUACAUGUUUGCAGUUUGUAUAAUUUGUAGUACACAGUUUAGGUAGACGUGUCUAUAUAUAAUGGGACCUUUCCCCUCUCAUUUAGCCCAAUUAGGAACUCUCUUAAGUGUUUUCUUUGUAUUAGUUCUUACAUUUUUGUGGUGUUCUUGUGUUAAUUUCAUUGCCUGUAACUGAAUUAUUGUCUUUAUAAGUAAUACUGAUAUAAAUUAUAUA